GAGUGCUCUAUGCAGAUGGGAUAGUGCUCCAUGCUUUGGAGAUGUCUAGUUUGCCAAUGUCCACCUCCUGUGCGCAGAAAAGGACCCUGGCAGAUGUUCUUGCUAGCUGGCCGAAGGAAAGCAGAACAUCUCUAGAAAACGGUCAAAGUGUCCAGGAGGCUGCUCUGUAUCUGAUAAGUUGUAAUCAGGACCCCGAUCGUUUGCUGUCGGAGGUUUUGUCCCUUCCAUGUAAGAAGAUUUGCAGAAGUAACGGACUUGAAUCUGGAACGGCUGAAGAGUCUCCUGCAUAUAACUCAGUAUUUGUUGCAUCCGCAUUGCGCGAUCAGGCCUUACACUUGGGAUUACCAGCUGGUAUCGUGACUGCAAGAGCAGCUGUGUCAAAUAUCCAGCGGAUAUGCCAGAAGUCUGCGGACUGUGCACAUGGAGCAGUGCUGAGCCAGGACCAAAUGGAGAGAUUGACAUGCUUGCUGAAAACAUUAAAGGGGCUGCUGGCGGAGAAUUGCUUUUGCCGUUCGCUGUUUUCUAAGGAAUUCUGGGAGCAGCAGCGCCACCCUGUGCUAGAAGCUGUCUGGCGUUUGCACAUCGAGGAUAUUGUACGAUUGGAGGAUAUGCUUGAGAGCUGCAAAGACACCACCUCUGCAGUCGACUGGUUCUGCGAAGAGAUGCGAUCACUAUGCGCGCACAUGGACGAUUCCUCUCACUUGGAGCAUCUUCAGCAAAUGGCAUCUGACUUUUUGAUUGUGCUGGUUGGCAACGCUUUCCGUCCAUCUGCAGAUCCUGCGGAGAAGUCAGAACAACAAAGAAUUACAGAGAUCUCUCUUCUGAUUCUGGAUCGAAUGCUUUCCUGGCUACUCGAUGGGGUCUCUGAAGAAAACAAGGAACAGCAAUCCCACAAGCCAUGUAUUGCGCGCCAUUGGCUGAUUGCAUUUGAGGUUCCCAGGUACAGAACCCGUUUGAUUCCAGAGUCUCUGGUGCGCUUCUAUAUCCAUACUCUGAAUCAGGUGCUUACCUACAAACCACAGUUGAAAGCUUCUGAUGCCAUUCGACUUCAAGGAAACUGGAGCUUUGCCAAAACCUGCCCCCUGCUAACAGAUCUGUACCGUAAGCUGUUUGUUGUGCUUGACGCUGUAAAGUCCACCGCUCACAUCCAACUUGUUCUGGAGACGCAGGAGGUGAAUUGGUACCACGUAUUAACGUGCCUGUCUUGUCUGGUCAUCUGCCAGGCCGAGGCUCAGCAGCUAGUGAAAAAUCUCUUGAGCCACCUCCUGACACAAGCUUUUACCCUGUAUGAGUUGGACGGUCUGAUCACGGCUUUCCUGUUUGCCCGUCAAGCAGCACUGGAAGGUCCGGCAGCAUUCAUAUCGUACACAGAAUGGUUCAAGACUACGUUUGGUGCUGCGAGUUCUUGCCACAGCAGCAGCAAGAAGUCUCAAGUCUUCUUAUUAAAGUUCCUUUCGGACCUGGUACCGUUCGAAAGCCCACAAUACCUGAAGAUUCACAUUCUGCACCCACCUUUUGUGCAGACAAAGUAUCGUCCCUUACUGAUGGAAUAUAUCUCGUUGGCCAAAACCCGACUUACAGACCUGAAGGUUUCUAUUGAAGACAUGGGUUUGUAUGAAGAUUUGUCAGCAGAACCAGAUAAAAAUCAGCCUCAGUCUCAGGCAUUACAAGAUGUGGAGAGAGCUGUACAGAUUUUUCAGACCACAAGCAAGAUACCAGCCAGUGUGAUGGAAGCCAGCAUUUUCAGGAGAUCAUAUUUUACAUCUCGGUUCCUGCCGGCACUGCUUACCCCCAGAGAGCUCCCGGCUACUCCGGACUAUCACAUGUUGCUGAUUGAUGCAUUGAAGAGAGCGGAGAAGAUUCCUGCAAGUUUGUACAGUACCUAUGUAGAGGCCUGUGAGCAGGAAAGGAACCGGAAUCUGGCUGGGAUAAAGACGAUGAUGGAUAAAAGUCUGGAAGAUGAGCCACUUCUAAGAUUGAAAUCUGCUCUUUGGGAUUUGCGCCCUCUUGUUAUAGACUCUAACCGAUACAGCGACGUGUCUGCACAGGUGGCUCUGAUUUCGGACAAGCUGUCUGCUGUCAUGAGGACUGGAAGUAUGGAGGCUGCCCCUAUUGCUUUGGAGAAUUUAAUUCCAGCCCCUGGGAGCGUGCCCCAGCACCAGGCUGUCGCUGACCUCCUGCUUACCUGCUUUUGCCAUUGUGUCAUGGCUGCCUCCAGAACCAACCCACCUGACAGACAGGGGCCGUGGCUGUCCUUGUAUAUAAAGAUGCUGUGUGGUCAUCACCUCGCUCUCUCCGCUAUACUGAGCAGGCUCCUGCAGCUUCUGUGCAAUCAGGCCGCUCUGCUGAGUGACACACAUAUUGUUGGAAUUGCUGUAUUUGCUGUUCACUUACAUGACUGCCGGACAUCUCUCCCUGCUCCAAAUGACGUGCAUUCACUGGACAGAUUUUGGGAAGCAUUGUUCAACACUAAGUGCUCCGACACAAUGCUCGUGUGCCUUAGGUUCUGCGUGGCAGCAGUGUCGUACUCGUUCUGUAAGUUCUCGAUGCUGGACCCAGACGCACUUUCACGCUGCAUUCCUCCUCUGUUCCUGCAGAAGCUCCAGCACCUGGCACCCAGGCUAAUCGGAGAGGUGCGUGGCGAGGUGAUCACAGAUGCGGAGAUGGACAUCCCUUUAAUUUGGAGGGCUCUGUCACGUCCCUCGGCUGCUUGGAAGGAAUCUGUACUCACUCUGUGGCACCAGCACCACCUACAGGAGCUGCUAAAACAGGAAUCAUUCCGGCUUUCUUUCAAGGACUGGCUGCUCUGGGAGAUGGCAUUACACUCUGCUAAGGAUGCCUUGUGUGACACAGAGAGGCAGGAUUAUCAGCGAUGGGCUAUCAACCAAGUUUACCUCCCAGAAUCCUCUGCUUCUGGUGGCUGUGAUGGGAAUUUGGAAAAGGCCUGUAGAAUUAUAGUCAAUGCUGUUUUGGACUUCAGUAACAGAUCUGGUCUUAGCCUCCAGCAGGAGACCCUGUCUCAGUCACACAGUCGCACAGGUUUGACUGAUAUUCUUUCACGUUUACAAGAUCUGGUCUGUGACCUGGUAAUAAUGGGUCAACCACAAUCGGGUUGGGUCAGUUUCAGUCAUUUCUUUUUUCAAAUCUUCCAUGAGAGGUUAGCAGCAACUAAAGACACCACGGAAAUAGAUGCCAGACUUACCAGACAAGGAGAACUUGGAAUGUGUUGUAGAAUUCUGCUUGGACUUCCUACUUCACUGCUGAUUAGCGUACGCUCGGACAGAGGAAUCGCUGCUCUUCACCCAGAGGACUUCUUCAAAUUUGUCAAUGAGGAAUGGAAGAAUCUUGGACCUCGUGGAUGUGCCUUACCUUACAAUGUCACGACUCACUUCUUUAGGGCUAUGCUGACCACCUCCUCUCAAUGUGAGGAUCCUGCCAGUGCAGUGAAUUCUCUCCUUAUUGCAUCCCUUUUAGAGUGCCCCAUCAUACUCACCUCUGCUGCGCUUUGGUGGCCUCAGCUUUACCCAGCCAUCAGAAACCAAUGUGAACGCUUGUUCGGAACGGUUUUGCCCAAGGAGGUAGAGGUCCUGCAGGAGAUGCGGACAGCUGUGGAGAGCUGCCUCUCCCAAGGAUUACCUUUGCGUCACUCGGGUUCUCCGUGGCUCCUGGCUGCAUUCCUCCACUUUACAUAUCAGAGGAAAACGUUUGCUGUCAAAACCACCCUAGAAUACCUUGCCAGCGUGAGCACAAAAUCUACACCGUUCCUGCUAUCAAUACUCUUCUUUUCCAUCAUGGAACUGAUUCCGUCAUUAUUAAAGGAAGGAGCAGAACGCAAGAUUGCACUGGAGAAUUGUUUGCAAAUCAUCCUUUGUUUGGAAGAGCGUGAGGAUUCCUGGAUGUGUGUCUUUCAAACAGCACCUGGGAACGGAGAACCAAUCACGACUCUACACAGAACAGCCUCUUCUGACUUUAUCAAGCUGCUACCUUUUGCGUUCUACAGCCUGAUCCCUUCUGUUCAGACGGGGAAACUAAUCAAGCAGCACAAUUUCCUUGAGGUUGCAAUUCCGAUGUACAUUCAGCUGGUGCAGUUAUUUCUGGAUGGAAGCAGCUUUGCAACCUCAUCACUUCAGUCUGCGUGUGUCCAUUACCAUGAUGUCAUCACCAAUGGUCGUUCCUUUCUGCUAAGAGUGGUUCCCAAGUGCACUAAGCCAAGCUCUGCCUUUACUAGCCAGGUCAUGAAAUCCUGUGACGAAUAUGAUCCUGAACUGGCUUCAAUGCUAAAUUUUCUUCAAGUUCCAUUUGAUUACGAGGAUUUGGCUAUGGAACCAGACUUGUUUUGAGCCAGUGGACUAGUUAAGAUUUUCCUCCUGUGGGAGAAUUUUACAUCUAGCUAAAAGUAGCUUCUAGGGUUACUCUAAGCUUGCUGUCGUGGUUAUUAUGCAAGGAGUACCCUAGCCCAGUAAUGGGGUAAACCUGUUUGCAACAGCUUGCCACCUUACCUGAACUCCUGCCGGACUCCGAUACUCCCUGGUGGUCCAGUGACACGCUUUCGCAGAAGCUGUGGCAGUUGACAUCCAUUGGCUGAGAGCAUCAAUUGACUGCUAGCCAAUGACUGACAUUCUGUUUAAUGAAAACUGCAGAGUUUACAGUAGCCAGACCCACAACUCUAUUUCAAGGCUGGCUGAUCACCCCCCC